AUGCCGUGCGUGGGGCAUCAUGAGGCCAUGCCGUGCGUGGUGGGAGCAGGCGCGUUGGAACGCAUGGUGCUCGCAUGGAGCAGGCGAGCAGGCGGGCUCGCUAGGCCCUGCUGUCAUGUGCGCCCCUCUCCUUCCCCACCCUUUUCCGCUGCCCCUUGCUCCCGCCACCCACCCAUUCCUCCUCCUGCGCCACACCGACCAGCCACAUUCACGGCUGUCUCAACGUUUCGUUCGUUCCUCUUUCCCCUCUUCCCCGUUCUCUCCUUUUCACCACUCUCCUCCUUGCCCCACUCUCCCCCCUUCCACACUCUCCCCCCUUCCCUAAUCUACCCCCGUCCCCACUCUCCCCCUUCCCCACUCUCCCCCCUUCCCUGCUCUCCUCCUUUCCCACUCGCCCCUUCUUCCCACCCUUCUUCCUGGGAUAUUUCCCCUUCUCCUUGCAACUCCUUCUCCAUUCUCUCCCCUUCCUCAGUCUUCCCUCGUCCCCACUCGCCUCUCCCACCUGCUCCACACUCCCCCCUACACCCACACCAACCAGAAUCGCGAAUCCGCGACUUUCUGAAGGACGACUGCCGCGUGCUGGUGGUGGGCGCGGGCGGGCUGGGCUGCGAGCUGCUCAAGGACCUGGUGCUGUCGGGGUUUGGCAGCAUAGACGUGAUCGACAUGGAUACCAUCGAUGUCUCUAACCUCAACAGGCAGUUCUUGUUCAGCCCGGCAGACGUGGGCAAGCCCAAGGCAGUGGUGGCAGCCGAGCGAGUCAUGAGCCGCGUGGGCGGGGUGCAGGUGACCCCUCACUUCUGUUGCAUAGAGGACAAGCCUGCCUCCUUCAACGAUUUCAACAUCAUCGUGCUGGGGCUGGACUCGCUUGAAGCGCGCUCCUACAUCAACAGCCUCGUUUGUGGCUUCCUAGAGUACUCCCCUGAGAGUGAGCUGCACUUGACCUUCAUUUCGGGGAACGGAGGGCUUCAAGCGGCAUGCGAAGGUGCUCAUCCUCUUUUCCUCCACCCCUCCUGCCCCACCCCCGUCUCCGCCCCCUCCUGCCCCACCCCCGUCUCCGCCCCCUCCUGCCCCACCCCCGUCUCCGCCCCCUCCUGCCCCACCCCCGUCUCCGCCCCCUCACCACCAGAGUACCCCCCCGAUGGCGUGGCGAGCUGGAAGUGUUCCCCUGAGGGCGAGCUGGACGGCGGCACACCCCCAUCUCCACCCUCACCACCAGAGUGUUCCCCUGAGGGCGAGCUGGGCUUAACCU